AUGGCCAGCACAAGCUUGACGUCGGCCUUCCUGACGCCGGACCCAAGCUUCAAUUGGUUUUUCCUCCUGUACCUUAUUGUCUGUUGUAUCCUUGCCUUGUUCUUCCUGCUCUACUUCAACCGUCUCUUCGCGACGCUUCUGUCAUAUGCCAUCCGAGCGUACACCUGGCACUACUAUCGCGUAUAUGUUGAUAUCAAUGCCCUUCAGAUCUCGUUACUUGGCGGGAGGAUUUUCUUCAAGGGCAUUCGGUACCACGGCGCGAACGAGACGAUAUUUAUCCAUGGAGGAUUUAUAACAUGGCGGUAUUGGAAGCGCGCUGUGGAGCGUACUGAUGUUUCCAGCACCAAGCACAAGGCGGGCAGCUUUGAUACCUCAGAGAAAGGAAGUGACUAUCCGGCGAGAGGUAGACCCGGUCUCGCCAGCAAGGAUGAUAAUCUAGGGGAGCAAGGAGGCGUGAAGAAGAAGACCGAAUUACCAUGCCGGAUUUCAAUCAAAGUCUAUGGUCUGGAGUGGUUCAUUUACAAUCGGACCCCGGCCUACGACAGUAUCCUUGCUGGAUUUGAGUGUACCGCCAAGGGUGGUGCUGCGGACGACGGCGAUGACAGUCCAGAGGCUUCCGUCCUUCCCACGGCAUCUGGGGAACCAACUCAACAGCGGACAGGCAGUAACUUGUGCUCCCAUGGGACCAAACUUUCGGGGCGCAGCAUGAGUGAAAGAGAGAUCUCGACUUCCCAGAAUGGAAAACACGAGGCCGAACUGUCCGACUCAGUUUCGAGCAUACUUCAGCUCCUGCCAGUCAAGUUAGACUGUCGCAAAGGAGCUAUUGUGAUUGGCAACGAGAACACCCGGUCUGUAUUGACAUCAACUUUCGAUAAUGCCACCGGGACGAUUGAUGCCUGCAAUGCGGGCCCUCUGGACUUGUAUCGCCAAGUGUUUUCCUUUCGCUUCAGCCACCCAAUCCUUCAAAUGCGACCGAAUCCCGACUUCAAACAGAAUCAACUUGCGACGGCAAAGUCGUUAGGCACUGUCCGCGAGGAAGAGCCCGAGUCGAAACAGAAGCGAGGAAACGUUUUCAGUUACCAAUUUCAGAAACGCAAGAUCUGGCACAGCCUCCGGGAAUUGGUCCCUUAUUUCCAGACUUCCGUUGAGUCGUUCCGUGUCGAAAAGAAAAAUACCGAUAGUAUGCCGAGGAGCCAGGCAGACUUCCCAGACGUCCGUUGGACCGGUCUCUCGCGGUAUCUGGAUGAAGAUGGCGAGGAUGACCAUGAGAAAUGGAGCUCAGUCGAGUAUGCCAGGUUCUCAACCCUGCUUGACAGCCCUAGUCUCACCGUUACCUACUUCUGGGACAUUCCUGGAUGCGUGGGUCCCCAUGAACCAUCUCCGACUUGUUCGAAUCCCGUGGACAAGGACAUUAAUGGUGCCCUUCCCCCGGAUUGGGGUCUUGAUAUCAAGCUCGACGGAGGCUCCAUCAACUACGGCCCGUGGGCUGACAGAGAGAGAGUCGGCUUGCAGAAUGUCUUCUUCCCGAAUUUCUACCGCAGCUCCGAGCCGGCAGAACAGCUGUCACCGGGUGUUUUGAGACAGAGUACAGUUUUCAAGCUGCGAGUGGAAAUCAAUGAAGAGCUUACCCUGCGUAUCCCAACACGAGAACAGUCCAAAGAUUGGCAAUGGAAAGGCCGGGCUGAUGCCAUCAAAGGAACCUCAAAAAACAAAAAGCAAAACGAAAAGCAAAAGUUACGGCCCAAAGAAGGAGAAAAAGGCCACCUCGGUCCUGACAUUCGUCCUUUUGGAUGGCUAUCUCUGCGUGUGGAUCCGGAUUCCACCAUCAACUAUAAAAUGGACAUGAUGGCAUCGAGUCAAGGCUUCCAAAAUGAACUCUCUCUUGAUCUGCGAGAGUCGAAGCUUUCCUCCAGUGUGAACCAUGGCUUGCUCUGGCAAUGCCCACGGCAGCUGGUCACUUGUGACUUGUCCAACCCUCUCUGCUGGAAUAGCCUGCGGUCCUGGAAAUUCACCGUGGACAGUCAGAAUCUAGAGCUGUUCCUGCUCCGUGAUCAUAUUUUUCUCCUCACAGAUCUCGUGAAUGACUGGGCGUCUGGCCCACCAUCGGACUAUUAUACGUUCGUGCCAUUUAUUUACAACAUUGACCUCUGUUUUUCGAACCCCCAGCUGUUUGUGAACGUGAACGACCGGAACAUCAUCAGCAAUCCUUCUGAUUUGGAGGACAAUCGAUUCAUCGCUGUCAAAGGGAAGCGGCUGACAUCGAACGUGAUGAUACCACUGAACAAAUACCAGCCUGAGCAGAACGCAGUGGAAUUCAGAGUCAAUCUCGAAAAUGGCUUAUUGGAUUAUUUAACACCCCUUUGGGACACACUGCAUGCAUUCCUACCGGACAAGUCCCUGGCCACACUCGACAGCGUUUUUAUCGACGGAUCCUACAACUAUUUCCUUUCAACUUCGUCCGAUUUGACUGACACUUUGGUGCUCAACAUCGAUGGAUCCUCACCCCAGUUGUAUCUCUAUGGAUUCUUGAUCAAGAGCUUUAUGACCAUCAAAGAGAAUUACUUUGGCGAUGAAAUGCACUUCAGGACCCUUGAAGAAUACCAGGAGUUGGUUUAUGCAGACGAAGCCCCAUCGAAUCCCACGGGCAUCAACCCAAAUCGAAAGUCAAAUGACAUGGACGUGCUUGUUCGUGUCACAGUGGAAAAUCCGUGUGUCCUGCUUCCUGAGAACAUAUACGACCAUUUGAAGUGCUUGGAACUCCGCGCUGCUUCUCUGGAAGUUGAUCUGCGUUUCACCAACUACUAUAUGGAUCUUCAGUUCUCACACAGCCCACUGAAGAUUGCUUUGCAGUCCACCGAGUUGGAUGGCUCAUCGACUGUGUCUGGCUCUCAGCUUUUCAUUGAUGGCACUUCGAUUUAUGGGCAUCGUCUAUUUGGAUUACCCCCGCGGAGCCAACCUACGUAUGCAAUUGGGAUUUCGAUGUGGGACGGGUUGUUGAGCUUCGAUUUCUCAUUCGACAACGAGGAAAAUGCCUUACCACUCCUCUUCCCGCCUGUUCUCCAUGAUGUGACUUUCCUCAGAGCCAAGAUCAGUUCGAUUCAUAUCUCCGUGCUCCUGGACGAAGUGGCCGUUCUUUUCAGCUGCCGACCUUUAACAGCCAAGUUCAAUGAUUGGGCCAAUUCCAAAUUUUCGAAACGACUAAGCUUGCUUGUUCCAGACAUCUCGAUUGCUGCAGUCGAUCGCGAGGUUGCGGCUCGAAGCCAUCGAUCUCCCACGAAAAAAGUAGCUCCUUUAGGGCUCUUUCAUCUGACAAUCAGUCUGAAGAUGGCUUUGCGUGCGUGGGAUAUCGGCGAGGGUCGACGAUUGCAGCAGGAGCAUAUCAGAGACCACGACCAACGAACCCACAGGGCACAGUGGCUGCUCCUCGACUGGGAUGAAAUUGGACCGACUUCCUCUAUCCCACACGGAGACAGUCUUUCACCGCCAACAAUGGCUAUCCCGUCUAUGCCAGAGCCUAUCCAUGGAAAAUUUGGCCGAGCCAGUGCACCGUCAUAUCGCGGGGUUUCAGGAAGCCAGAUCACGGGAAGCAGGAAGAGUUUCCUUUUACACUCUGAAACACCAAGCCUCAAUAGUGUCAAACCCCUUGAUGAUGAUGAUUCCAGGCCAACUUCUGACCCAGGGCCACCUCAAAGACCUGCCUCUCCUGUUCGGGGCGCAAGCUGGUCUACCUUGCAGCCUCAUCGAGUCAGGAACUAUCACAGUACUCUAUACAAUGGAUCUAGAACAGACCCAUCCCCUUCAGCAGCAACCAGGGAAUCUAAUCCCUGGAUUAUGCCGGAAUUUUCCUACUACAAGCUUUCCUUGGAUACAGUCGAGCUUCCAGUUCGAAUGAGCAAUGGAAGAAAUGCGUCGAACGACGAUGAACCUGUGAUCGACCAAAGAUCCAUGUUCUUAACUUUCGAUGAGGACCAAACGACUUAUACAAACCUCGCCUGCGAGUUGCCGCUGGGUAUCAGGGGGUAUUGUACACCCAAAUUCCUUUUCAGCUUGGCUGCCUUGCUGGAAGGCCUCGAGCCGAAGCAUCCUGUGCAGAUCAUCGAUUCCCUUCAAAAAGAUGUGAUAUCAGAUAUCGUUGGCCAUGACAAAUCGAUGCAGCAGCCAAAGAAAUCGACUGCUAUUGCGCUUCGCGUUCCCUCGAUCCAGCUAAGACUUGUUGAUUUAUCAAAGUCUCCCGACAACAACCAGAUCGAGCUUCGAGACGAGUACAGCAUCGAGAUUCGUCAUCUUCGCACGGAGUUCCGAAAGAAGGUUCAGCGUCAAAAGGACGAUCUACUUGAAGGGCUGAAGCAGGGAGUCACGGUUCAUGCAGCGGCAGACCAAGUCUCGGUUUCAGUGGAGGGCGGUCGAACUGACUCCUUCCACGAAAAAGCUGGAUUCGACUGCCAUUUAGGGGAUAUGAACUUUUGGCUAGUGACGGCACCCAAAAUUCGAUCUCAUCUUCAAAUACGAACCAUCAAUGCAAUCACAUCCGCCAAGUCUGUCGAGCGUUUAGCCCUCUUGGUUCGCCAAGCCACGACCAUGUUCGACUCCGUUGCUUCGUCCUUUCAGCAAGUUUUGACUUCAAGUAAAAUGCGUCUACGAUACCUGAUUUACUUCGCGACACACUCAGCUGCCAAUAUUCCGGAUCCCAUCUUCCUAACGCGCAUCUCCUAUGUGCUCCGAGUCGCCUCGACCCAUCUACGACAGCAUGACUCGUGGAAGAUUCUUUCACGUAUCCGGAACAUUUACGAGAGCCUGCCCGUGCACCAUAAACGCGAGUUGGAGCGGAAAUGCUCCAGCGGAAAUCUUCCCUUGCCAUCUGAUGCCAUGUCCACCGUAAUGACCGGCUUCGAUCAAUGGAGGACAUGGGAUCUGGCACACGUCGCGAAGAGCUAUGUCAUGCGCAGAGUUUGGCCGAAUCCAGAGCCACGCCAAAGGAUUACGCAGCCGUCCCUGUUCCUAUCCUCGAAUAUCAAACUUUUUCGGUUCUCCAUGGACCCUGGUCCCAGAGAAAGCGAUUUUAUCAUCGAGAACCUGUCGACUGCUACGUCUCUUGUCCCGGACAUGGUUGUUCGCGAAGGUGACAAUGAAUUGCGAAAGAAACUCCUCACAUUGCAGUGCUAUUGUGGCUCUGCUGCUCUACGGCUUCGUUGGGAGAUUUUGGAUCUUAUUGAAGGAGUGAUGAAAGACAUGUCAACUGUGACGCUUGAAUCCACAUAUACUCAAGCCUCUGGUACCAAACCAGAAGAGCAACCAACUGAAGUGCAGAUUGUCUUCGGCACCGAUUUCGGGUCAAUCACUCUCGAUGGCAUUAAUGUCAAGCUUGCCUUGGUCUCUCGAGCGCUCCGGAGCUCCGUCGUUCACCGUUCGCAUAGCGCCGAGAAGAUGAAGCAGGAAGAAUUGGCUUUGUUGUUCUCCGCCGAAGCAUGUUCAUCCGAACUUCUGAGCCAAUCGAGGGCUUUGAUGCUCUCGAGAAUUGCAGAUCCAUACAUGUACUUUUCUUUUGUCUCCGCGGAAGAUGAAAUUGAAUGCACAAAUGAAUGGAAGAUUGCCGGUUCUUGCAACAAGCUUCGAUAUGACAUGAAGGAAGACCCAGUCAGUUUGGCCCAUACGACCGACCGUUUGAUCGAGGAUGAAGUCAAAUACAUUCGCCAACUCGUGGAUAAUGUCACGCUCGCAAAGCCACGAACCGAUCAGGCGCAGCCUUUGAAAAAACCUACUCGCGAUACGUUCCAUGUGGCCAUGUUUUUGGAUGGUUACCGACUGAGCUUCAGUCUUUUGCCGUCCUUGACCUACCUCGUGUCCGGCGAGGUAGCCCGUAUGUCAGUCCUGCCUACAGCGGCAUCAAAGAUCGAGGUUGAUUUCGACGUGAAGAAGAAUUCCCACAUUUUCAUGUCCGGCGAAGGUGGCCGAUCCCAUGCUCUGUCAUUGCUAGAGAUACCUCCCGUCAAUGGCCGAGUCCUUGCGAAUCUCUCAUCCGGCCACAAGGAGGUAGAGGUUGACAUGACAAUUGAGCUGAUUCGCCUAGAGGCUAGUGCCGUUCGAAGCCUUCUGGCUGUUUUGACGGGCCCCGAUGUGUCUCAUCUGGUAUCAGACUUGAAACAGAAUGUGGAUGUUCUUCAAUCACAUCUGGAUGAUGUACUGUCGCUCCAGAAACCACCACCGGAACCCAAACCAGUUUCCGAUGGUACGGGUAUUCUCUACAAGUCUCGACUCACGAUGGCGGGAAUUGAAAUUCAUGCAAUUGCUCCUGCUUUCAAUGGCAAGAACUACUCGGCAGAAAUGAUCUUCAGCCUUGGGAUGAUGCGGAUGCGUCUUGAGAAUGGAUUAGACCGAGGAUAUCCCAUGGACUACCCCGAGUUCAAUAUUGAUGCCUCUCAAAUCAGUUUCGAGCUGCGAAGACAAGACAAAUUACGGAGCAAGCCAUACGGGGGGUUUUCCGCAGGAGUGAAGCUUCUAGGGACAUCCACUGUACGCGACAAUGGCGAGGUAAUGCGAGCCUAUCACUUCAGCAGCGACAGGUUUGAUGUCGAGCUUUAUGCCGAAACUGCUGCAUUGGUGGUCGACAUUGCCGUCUACACACAAGAGCGCAUCAAGACAUUGGACUUGUCACACGAAGUGAAGCGUCUUAGGAGACUGCGACAUCGAAACCACGAGACCAAAGACCACCCCGUGGAGAUGCCGCAGAUUCGAGUCGAUGACGACUCAGCUCCGGAGACCUUCCUGAAUGCCUUGUUCUCGCUGCAGUUCUUGGACAUUCAAGUUGCCUGGAACAUGAAUACCUCGUCAUCUAGUGCCACUGCGCGCCGACCCGAGGACCUUGUUUUCUCCAUCCAGCGAGUUGAACUAUCUAACAAGAAGAAGAACGCUGCUAAACUCCGGAUUGAGAACAUGCAGCUACAGAUGGUGCCAUUUGGCGCAGACAGGAGGAAGCGCUCGCUCAACUCAGCCCUUAUGCCCGAAUUGGUUUUCAACGUGGCCUACUACUCCAGUGGAAAGGAAGUCUGGCUCGCCUUCCAGGCAGCGGGCAAGUCUCUGGAUAUACGGGCCACGUCGGAAUUCAUCAUCCCUGUCAGUAUGAUACGGGAUUCGAUUGCGUCUGCCAGCGAGGCGCUACGUGAAGGCAAGACUGUUUGGGAAACAGAACCAACACCCGAUUCCAGCAGCAAAGAUCGAAAUCUUUUUGGGAAUAGGCGACUUCGAUCUGUCCUUGUUGAUGUUGACUUUGCCGGUGCUACCGUCUCACUCCAAGGGAGACUUGAGCACGAAUAUCAAACUUUCUUGUCGACUACGGUCAGGGGCAGCCGGCUCUCCGAAGCAAAGUAUGGUCAAUACGUGCAGGGUGAUGCAGCAACCACAGCGACUGUCCGAGCUCCUGGUGUGGCUCUGAAAUUCCAGUUUGAGGACAACGGGGCCGAUGAUCCAACACUCAACGGGGAGUUGAAGGUCGAUCCCUCUACCAAUGUCUUGUAUCCAACUCUGGUUCCCCUCGUCAAGCAAAUGACUGCCACGGUCAAAGAGAUCAUGAGAGACCAGCAAGACCAGCCGCGACGACCGUCUGCUACCCCGAUGUUGCAGACCCAGAAACUGAUGCAAGAAACUCCCUUCGACACCCAGGAUCCAAACACAAUCCUCGGGCGAUGCAAGGUUAAUCUUGGUCUACUCUUCUGCCAGCAGGAAUUCAGUUUAAGCUGUCAGCCCAUUGCCAGGGUAGCAGCCACAGCCAGAUUUGACAGUGUCUACGUGACUGUCAACACUGUUCAGUCGAAUGAACCGGGACGCUUUCUCGCACUCUCGUUGGCCUUCAACGGUCUGCAAGCCUCGGUGAAGCAUGUCUACUCAAAUGAAUCCACAGCUAGUUUUGAGGUCAAGUCCAUGAUCUUGUCGAUGAUAAAUAGCAAACACCUUGGCCGCCACAGCGGCAUGUCAGCUAUCCUGCGGGUGAGCCCAAUGAAGGUCUCGCUCAACGCCAAGCAGGUUCAGGAUUCUUUGCUGUUCCGAGAAAUUUGGCUUCCCUCCGACGAUGAGCCUGCCUCCAGUCCAGCAUCCGAACCAGAGCCGUCCGAGCCCCAAACAUACAUCGUACAACGAUACCAGCAGGUUGCUUCGGCGUCGGCAUUCCCCUGGAACACUACGAUUGCCAUUGAGAAGUUGGAGAUUCAACUGGACCUGGGCUCGACGCUGGGCAAGGCGCAGUUUGCCAUCAAUGACCUGUGGGUGUCGUCCAACAAGACAUCUGACAGCGAACAGAGCAUGUGUGUCAAUUUCAGCAAUGUUGAGAUUGAGAGCAAAGGACGUAUGAGUGGCGUGGUCGAGCUUCGGACACUGAAGGUCCGCACCUCCAUUCAAUGGCCGGAUGAAAGCCGGGACAAUGGGAAUACGCCCUUGAUUCAAGCUUCUAUCGCUUUCCAUCAUCUCCAGGCCAAGGUGUCGUUCGACUACCAACCUUUCCUUGUCGCUCAUAUUGCUAUGUUUGAAUUCUUGAUGUACAACGUUCGGGGCGCCACUCGCGAGCAGAGCGAACGACUGUUCAGUACCCUAGAAGGUGAUGAAGUCCAAGUUUUCUGCACGUCACUGACCGCGUCACAAGGUCUAGCGCUGUUCCAAGCUUGGCAGCGACUGGUACAAGACAAACAAGCAGCAUACCAGGCAUCGCUCCGUGAGGUGGAACGUUACCUCCGGCGCAGAUCCUUUGCACCCCCGGACCGAACUGAUGUCUCUACCAAGGAUUUGGACCGACAAGACGAGGACCAGUCUGAAAGAGCGCCUAUUUCUCUACACACAGGGGUGGUCGUGAACAUUCGUCACGUCAACCUCGGGGCGUUCCCCAGCUCUUUCUUCGACAACCAGAUCUUGAAGGUGGAAGCCUAUGAUGCCCAGGCCCGGUUCGCCGUGUCACUUGAAGCGGACAAGAUCCACAGUGCCUUGGGCCUUACUUUGGGUCAGCUUCGCGUUGCACUGUCUGGCAUCAGCCGGCCCAGCUCUGCCCAAAUCGAGGAACUCUCCGUUGACGACAUUUCACAGCGCGCCUCCGCCUCUCGCGGCGGCACCAUCCUCAAGGUUCCUCGGCUUGUGGCCGGGAUGGAGACAUGGCAGGCCCCCGGCACCCGGCAGAUCGACUACAUCUUCCACAGCACAUUCGAAGGGAAAGUGGAUGUUGGAUGGAACUAUUCGCGCAUUAGCUUCAUUCGCGACAUGUGGGGGACGCACUCGCGUGCUUUGGCGUCGCGUCUCGGCAAGCCCUUGCCGCCGUCGGCUGUCCGCAUCACCGGCGCCCCCGGAAGCAGCACCGAGGGUGGUGGUCCCGGAGCUGAGCAGCAGGAAAAGAUCACGGCUGUCGUCAAUGUCCCGCAGUCUAAGUACACCUACACGGCGCUCCAGCCGCCAGUCAUCGAGACGCCGCAGUUACGAGACAUGGGCGAGGCUACGCCGCCGUUGGAAUGGAUUGGGCUUCAACGCGACCGGCUGCCCAAUGUCACGCACCAGAUUAUCAUUGUCACCCUGCUGGAGAUUGCAAAGGAAGUGGAAGAUGCAUACGGGAAGAUUCUGGGGUGA